AUGAGUUUUACACAUUACAAUAUUAUUAUAGAUGGUUUUAAACAACCCACCAGAUGUCUGACACAGCCUACGGCGCCCAAGGCCAUCGAGAAUGUCAUCAACACAUGUCAAGAGGAAGUCAAGCAGACCAUUCUUUUGGAGGCCUUAAACAUAAUCACUGAACAAUCACAAAAAGAACAAAAGCUCCAAAGGCAAAAAAGGGAAGCGGCUGUGUCCCUCCUGUCAUCACCGAGGUAUCCAAAUGCUCCUCCAAGUGUUACCAAUACUGACGACAAGAGGAUCGCCGGGUGUUUGCUGCAUUGCGUGUAUAAGAAAAUCGGAGCGCUGGACCACAACGGUUGGCCAACCCUGGAUGGCUUAGUUUCCUUGUACUCGGGCGGUGUCAAGGAACAAGGGUACUUCAUGGCUACUUUGAGGGCAUCGGCCCUGUGCCUACAACGAGCACAGAAGAAACGAUUGGAGGACAAUUUCAAUGAUGGUGGUCAACAAUGUGACACCGCAUACGAUGUUUUCGACUGCAUCUCCGAUCGUUUAGGAGAAUAUUGUGCUGAUCAAUGA